AUGUUGACGGUAUCAGCUCGAGAAAAUACAUCUACUUUACCUUGUGGAUACAAAGUGGAUGGCACACCCGGCCAGAUAGAAGCGAUACGUCAAGUGAUAGAUCUAUUCUCCUUGAAUAAGGACCAGUUAACGAAAAUAAUUGCUCAAUUUGUGGAUGAAAUGGGCAAAGGUUUGGAUCACGACGGUGCCACAGUGGCCAUGAUUCCCAGUUUUGUACCUGGCAAGCCAACGGGAAAGGAAACGGGGACCUACCUCGCGUUGGAUUUGGGAGGUACCAACCUUCGCGUAUGUAAGGUGGUCUUGUUGGGCGACGGAAAGUACGAUAUUCAUCAGCGAAAAUACGUUGUUUCAGAAACGCUCAAGAGGGGAAAGAUGCAUGACCUUUGUGACUUUAUCGCCGAAUGCGUGGGUGCAUUUCUUUCCGAGCAACAUACGUCCACGGAUUCCGAGCGUCUGAAACUCGGAUUUACUUUUUCAUUCCCUAUAUUCCAAACAAGCAUGAACCGAGGGGUGCUGAAACAAUGGACAAAAGGGUUUGCCUGCUCAGGGGCAGUAGGCAAAGAUGCUGCUCUCAUGUUACAGGAAGCCCUUCAUAAGAAACACAUCAAUGUAGACAUUGUGGCUAUUGUCAAUGACACGGUGGGUACGUUAAUGGCUCAUGCUUAUCAAGAACCCGAUACGAUGAUGGGAGUCAUCAUGGGCACGGGCGCCAACAUCAGUUACUGCGAAAAGAUAGCAAAUAUUACCAAAUGGAAACAGCAGGAUCACGGAUCUGCUGAGGAAAUGGCGAUCAAUAUGGAAUGUGGUGCGUUUGACUGCGAGCGCCGGGUAUUGCCUGUGACCGUCUAUGACCAACGUAUCGAUCGUCAAUCGCUCAAUGUUCACGAACAGCAACACGAAAAAAUGAUUGCGGGCAUGUAUCUCGGUGAAAUCACGCGACAAAUCAUGCUUGAUAUGAUUGAUCGUCGAUUGUUGUUCGGCGGUCGGUCAUCCUCGGAACUGAACAGACAAUGGAGCUUUGAUACCGCCUACAUGUCGACGAUUGAAAAAGACACAUCCGCCAAAUUAUUGGACACGGGCCACAUCCUGGAAAGCAUCAUGAAUAUUCCGUCCACUGCGCUUGCCGAUCGACAAAUGGUGAAAAUCAUUACGACAUGUGUGGGACGACGAGCAGCUCGCCUUCAUGCUUGUGGUUUGGCUGGAGUCAUGACCCAAACCAGAAAACUUGAUACUGCAUGUACCAUUGCCGUUGACGGGUCAUUAUUUGAAUUCUAUCCCAACUUUGAGAAGAAUAUUAUGGAUGCGCUCGUAGAAAUUUAUGGCCCCAAAAUGAAGGACAAUGUCAAAUUUGCCUUGUCAAGAGAUGGUUCUGGACUUGGUGCAGCCGUUGUGGCCAUGAUGGCUCAUAAACAUACCCAGAAAUAA